AUGAAGUUCCGCCUAGUCGGUCCACCAAAGCUCGAGGCCCACAUUGAGAGCCUAGAUGACACAGCGUGGCAGCAGCCAACUCAAACACAUGUUGCGACUCCUAGCAAAUCUUCCGGGAUACACAGGCGCAGUCCUGAUCUUGAUGCUCGACUCGCAGCAAGGAUACAUAUCAACGAAUUGCCCAUCGAGAUCCUCUCAAACAUCAUUGAACGACUUGUCGACUCGUCUACCUCCCUGGCAACCAAACAUUUCCGUGAUCAGUUCAUAGCCAUGCUCGUCUGUCGUUUAUGGCGAGCCGUUGCCAUUUCAUCGCCCUCGUUAUGGACUUUUAUAAAUCUCUCAUGGGAUGGACGGCUCGUGGAGGCAUUUCUUCGAAGAUCGGGGGCGCUGCCGUUGACGAUAUAUAGCUAUGGAUGUACGAUACCUCCGUGGCUUCCGGACGUAGCAGCCCGCCACAGCCUUCGUUUUCAACAUAUCGAGAUUGACGAGCAGGUAUAUGACGUCGAUUCCUCGAUACUUGCCCAUCCCAUCCUCGAGGCGCUCUCAUUUCCAGCUCCACUCCUGGAGACGCUGAAGAUCCUUAUCUACGCUCCCGGAUAUUUUUCUGACGAACCACAAGGCAUGAUUUCUCUGCCUCCGCUGUUCGCAGACGUGACCCCGAAGUUGCGUACUCUCGAGCUGUCGCACUACACCUGCUGGCCAGGUAAUUGCUUCACUGGCAUCAUCAAAUUCUCCUUCGGACCCCCUUCCGACGCAGGACAUCUUUUGACCUCACAGCUCUUUGAGUUCUUGGAGGCCAAUCCCACUCUCCAGUGCCUUGAAUUCUCCCAAAUCCAAUUGAUGCGCAAUGUGACAGAUCGCAUCAUCACCCUUCCCAAUCUUCAAACUUUAGGAAUAUAUGACUUCCAGCCAGAAGAUGCUCUUUACUUGCUGUCUCUACUGGGGCUUCCAGCCUCCGUUGUAGUAACAUGCACAUAUCCCCGCCUUCACAAUGUCGAUCACGAACGCGGACUUGUUUUCCCUCACAAUAUACCCCUCGUCCACAUACGCGAUUCUGAUGUCCUGGCUAUCGCCGGCAGCGUUGCUAUUCACUCCCUCAAGGUUUUCGCCGUCUGCGCAGAUGCUAACGUGAGCUGGUUCGUCGAGCACUACGUUCGAACUGACCACGUCUUCGAUACGCCUUCUUUCCACCGCAUCAUCGGCGCACACUCCUUCUCCCAAAGCCUCAGGGGUGUGACCAGGCUUUCUAUAACGUUCUCACGGGACUUCGAUUUCGUCGGGCUGUCAUCCUCGGUUUGGGCAGCUGCGUUGGACUGCUUUCCGAAACUCUCGAUCCUCACGGUCGAGUUCGGGAGACUGACCGACAUCGUCGCGGCGCUGCAGCCCACGCCGACAGACCCCGAUAUUCGUUGCCCACACCUCUCCCGCCUACACCUCUCCAACGUGCUGGACGACGACUUCACACGCUUCCUCGACCUCGUGGAGUUCCUCCGGAAGUAUGGGCGUCCCGCGGUGCAGGGCAUAGAAGUCCAAGUCCAGGAUCGCACACCGCCGGGUUUGGAGAUCGCGUCUCUCCGCAAGCACUUUGACUUCGUACAGGUGUCUAGGGGCGAUUCCUCAGUUACGAUCACAAGGUGGGGUGCUAAGAAUCGUGAAUAG